AUGGGCCGUGGAUCUCGGGGAAGCGGACACCAAAUAGCCCGUCGACCUGUUGACCUCACCGGAAUUCUUUCCCUUGCCGAGAAAAAUGACUUUCUUACUCUUGUUUCUGCAAUUACCGAGAGAAUGCUCAAGGAUGUGAGCAACAUAUUCGAUACUCCUCCCGUCCGUCCGGUUUGUGGAGAGUACGAACAGCGGCAUUGGCUCUCACUUCCUCUACAGCAAAACGGCGACGACGACAACAGCGACAACAAAGAGAACAUGACCACGCCGAAUUCCCCGUAUAGAAAUUCCCAGGAGGAGUCGUCAGUGACGCACGACAAGGCUCAACCGGCCAUCGAACAGCAAGAGAAGGCAGAACGGGUUUCGCAACUUCCGGAACUCAAGAAGGAAGCGCUUGCCUUUUUCAAGAAAUGGCAGGGCAACGUCUUACAGAGACUCAAAGAGAUCAAUGUCAACGAUGGAGCUGCUGGUGGCCCCGGUUAUCGUGGUCGAGGUCGCAGUGCUCGCGGAGGGUACCGUGCUUCUCGAGGUGGUCGUGGCGGAAGAGGAGGGUCGGGUGCUUUGACACUUGCCGCGGGUCCACUUCGGACCCCGUCAGAUCACGUAGAUCCCGAGUUAGUUACAAGACACCCUCCUCUUCCAAACCCGCUAUGGGCUCUUUCUGAAGGUAGACGAAAGCUCCUCUUACAUAUUGCUCUAUUGAUCCUUUUAUCGUUGCAAGAUUAUAAUGCAAAUUCUCGACUUCUCCUGGUCAAACUUGCUUCUUCUCUCAAUUUACCUUUUGCAAUCUACCAAGACGAUGAGACUAGGCUGGCUCGAGGGCUGGCAAGAGCAGCUCUAGACGUGCCUCCAGAAGACGAUGCCACCAAACCCGAUGAAACAAAAGCACCUAGAAAAUGGAAAUUGGGACUAAGCAGUGGAACUGGCACAUCUUGUCCGAACAAUCUUGCCGCAGCUUUGAGAAACGUCGGCGUAGGUACCUUACAAGGUGGAUUAGGCUUGACGGCCAUUGCCGCCGGGGGUCUUUUGGGCAUCAUGGCCGAGAAUGGAAUUUUGAUGGGGUCUCUUUUCGGAAUGAAUCCUACCAGACCAAUGAGUAAGAUGUUGGAGGUGUUUACCAGAGAACUACAAGAUUUUGCUUUUGUUCGGCUAGGCAACGGCGCCAAGUACGACUACACCGAUGCCAGAGAAUCACCUGUUUGGGAUCGCAGGCUCCGCGUUCUGGUAGCAAUUAGCGGAUUCCUUAUAGACUCUGAAGAUACUGUCAAGCCCUGGCGGUUUCUCAAGAACCAGCCAGAAGUAUUUGCCAUGCGUUGGGAAGACGUUGCGCUGACCAACCUUGGAAGCUCGCUCGAGACGGUCAUCAAGAGUACAGCUUGGGGAAGCACUAAACGAGAAAUCGAGUCCAAAACCAUUUUCAAAACCCUGAUAGAGUCUACCUGGCCAGAGCCACUCCUACGGGUCAGUAAAAUCGUGGACAACGCUUGGAGUGUGGGCAUGGUUCGAGCAGAGAAGGCAGGCGCUGUACUGGCCGACGCUCUCAUACGACACAAGUUUCAAGGCGAGCGGCCGGUGUCCUUGAUCGGAUACAGCCUUGGUGCUCGAGCAUUGUAUGCUUGCUUAAUGAUACUGGCGGAGAGACGCCAGUUUGGCGUGAUUGACUCCGUAGUCAUGAUUGGGGCGCCAGUCCCAUCACAGAGCCUGGUCUGGCUAACUCUGAAAAGCGUUGUAUCCGGCCGACUGGUAAAUGUGUACUCUGAGAAGGAUUACAUCCUGGGGUUCUUGUAUCGUACAUGCAACAUUCAUUGCGGGAUUGCUGGUCUGCAGAAAAUCCAAGGAGCCGGCAAGGUGGAGAAUCAUUGCAUCAAGGCGCUACCAAAGGGUCAUCUAAGCUACUCGUCUCUCAUCGGGCAGAUCCUCAAAGACAUUGGUUGGGAGGACUUUGAUACGAAGGCCUUCAGGGCGGAAAAUCCACCCGGGUCGACUCGCAACGGCAGGUACAGAAGAUAA